UCAACUGUCACGGACGUGUGAGUUUCCGAACGCAUGUCCAACUGAUCGGCACUCCAUUUUCGCUUCGGAAAAUGGCAGUACGGGUCGAGAAAAGUCUCUGAAAAUUUGUUUCUGUAGAUUACGACUGCGAAUUAUGAAUUGUUUCAGUUGUUAAAUUGUGGAUAGUAGUUGCAAUCGGUCAUGUGAAAUUCUGUUAUGCCUGCGUAAAGGUAUAUUUUGCCGACUACGUACUUGCACUGUAUCAUAUAAUUAUGGGUUAAAGAGUGAAAAUGGCACCUCGUCGGCCAGAAGAAAUCCCUUUAAAAAGAGUAGCGGCAUCGGGCUGUCGAUUACCAAGUCGAUUACCAUCAGGGGAAAUAUUAACGGAUAUUACAAAUUCCGAUUGGAGAUUAGGAGAACCUAUUGGUUGUGGGGGUUUUGGAGACAUUUACCUUGCAUCAAAUGAUGUAUCUAAACCAGUCGGAGACGAUGCAAAGUAUGUUAUUAAAAUCGAACCACACAAUAAUGGGCCAUUGUUUGUUGAAAUGAACUUCUACAUUCGAGCUGCCCGUAAAGAAAUGGUUAAUAGUUGGUGUAAAUCACAAGGGAGACGAAGAAUUGGUAUACCAACGUAUAAUGGUUCAGGAUCCCAUUAUUAUCAAGGACAACGCUACAGAUUUUUAGUAAUACCGCGAUAUGGUAUUGACGUGGGGAAACUAUUUCUCUCACAUGGGAGAAAGUUACCUACUAAGCUUGUUCAUAGUUUAGCAGUGCAAAUGUUGGAUGCAUUGGAGUAUAUUCACAGUCGUGGCUAUGCACAUGCAGAUGUAAAAGGAUCCAACAUUUUAUUAGCAUCGAAUGGACAUGGAUCGAUUACACAAAAUCCACAAGCAUACUUAGUAGAUUAUGGUUUAGCAUAUCGUUUUCGAACGAGAGCAGGUUCUCAUAAACCAUUUGUCCAUGAUGAGCGACGAGCUCAUGAAGGUACACUAGAAUUUACAUCGAGGGAUGCCCAUCAUGGAACUCAUUCACGAAGGGGGGACCUGGAAACAUUAGGAUACAAUAUACUUCAGUGGCUUUGUGGAAAGUUACCUUGGGAGAAAGAAGAUGGUGGAGUUCCAGCAAGUGCCAAUCCAGAAGACAUUCAUGCACAGAAAGAAAUUUUAUUUUCUGAUAUACCAAUUUUUAUGCAUAAAUGUUUUCGUCAUAAAAAGAAACCACCUACUAACAUUACUGAAUACAUGAAAUAUAUUGCUGGAUUAGGAUUUGAAACAAGGCCAAAUUAUUCCUAUCUGAGAAGUCUAUUUGAGCACAAUACCAAUUUUGACCCGUAUACUUCUAUAUUCGAUGACCAAUCUACUAAUGAAAAUAUAUUAUGUUUUAAAUCUUUUAAAAGACCAUAUUUACGAGAAAGAAAACCAUGCAGACCUAUGAAUUCACAGACUCGGACAACAAGAAACAUGCAGGCUGCAAUGGAAAAACGUUCUGACUUCUUCAGCUGGGAAGCAGUACUUGCAAGGCAUCCUGAUAAACUUGCAAAAAUUAGUACUCAACCGCCUCCUUCCCUUACUCCCCCAUCCUCUCCUCUAACUCCACCACCAUCACCACCGCCACCGUCCGUGCCAACUUACGCAAUGUUGCAAGUACUCCAAAAAAUGAAAGACAGACAAUCAAGCAGUUUUAGACAUAAGCCAGUAUCUAAAUCGUCUGACAACGAAUUAAAAGCAAAGUGGAUGACUCCAGCGAUGGAGGAAGUUGCUCAGUUAAUGAAGAAGGUGUCACAAGUACCAGCAGAAUCUUCAACUCCUACCUCUAGUAAUGCUCAACCUCUUACGCGGUCUAGAGUGGCGCAUUUAAAACGUAUUGCAAAUGGAAAAAGUUCAGUUCAGAGGGUACAAAAUGCGAACAAAACCGGCCAGAAGAAAAGGAAAACAUCAUUUAGUUAAACCGCAUUGAGUUCUUUCAUUUUUAAUUGAACCGCGCCUCCGAUCAUUUACUAGACAUGUCAAUAUCAUCAGUCAUUCGAAUAUUGGUCCUCUAAUUAAGUAUUACAUACAUAGUUUCAUUAAGCUUAAGCAAAGAGUAUCUGACGUUCCUGUAAUAAGGACAAAACUUCGCAUGUAAACGUAAGGAAUCAUUGCGACCACUGUCUCGCAAACCUGUUAAGACUGCUUUACCAUCACAGUUCGUUCUUCGAUAAAACGUAACUAUGAAUGAGGUUUAAUUGUUCGAAUAAUUAGUUACUAAAUUUAAUGAUGCAAAGAUACUUCUUCCACUUGUAAAGUAAGUUUCCCUAUAGCCGAUACGCCAUUUUUUUCCAUUCAGUAAAUCUGCACACAUUUACAUUAAAAUUAAUGACAGAAUUGACUGAAUUUAAAUAAGAUCAUAACACAGGCGUUAUGCUCUCGAAAAACUUGUAACUUUAAAUAAAUGUACGAAGAAUUAUCUCUAGCAUACAAGUAAAAACGUAAUAGACGCAACUGAAAUGAUCUGAAUCAUGGCAUCUCUUAUGGAUUCUAAUGAAUAAGUUCUAUCAUUGUUCAAAAGAAUUAGAUUAAUUAAAUGAAUAAAAUAUGGGUAAUAAUUUGAUCAUUGAAGAUUAAGUAGUUCAUAUAAACGCAGAAGCAACAUGACUACGCAUUUGAAUGCUAUAGAAGCAUAACAAUUAACAUAGUCAAGGAAUACCGAGAAAGACAUGCCUCUUGAUGAUGUUGAAAUCUGUAAAUGUAAACAUUAUGGCCUCGGUAUAACACCUGCUAAUCAUAGUAGAACUAUUUGUUUUUCUGCUAUUUCUAGUUAGGCUUUGAAACUUUGCAGUAUCAUAAGGUAGAUGUGACGAGUCGUGCUAAAAUUUUCUGUUAUAUCCUUAACGAACUGAUAGGUUGUUUCACGUUUCUAUUUAACAAAAUGGAACAUUUAAUGCACUAUCUGAAGAACCACGCUCAGAACAAACUCCAGAUUUAGCGCUUCUGUACAGUAGCAGUAAUUGGCUUACUUUAAUUUAUUGGUGCAAUUUUACUUUGGCACCCUACAUCUUAAGUUUAUUUUGAAUAUCAUGGUAUUCACUAAAUUGACAUAGUGUAGAUAUUGAUGAGUUGUCGACUAUAGAACAUUGUACAUACGUGGAGCCACAGAGCAAUCGUUUAAUGGACGGCGCCUUCUUCCUUAUACAUUUGUGAUAAUUUAUUUGUACUAUUCUAUAUUUUACGCGUACCUGUGCCACAUAAGACUUCAUAUAACCGUAUACGGCGAAAACAUCAAUUUAUUACCAUUCUUUAUUUUCAUUGUGAUAUCAUAGAAGGGGAACUCCGACAUAGGGAUAACACAGACACAGGAAAAUUGUAUAAUGAAUUUAAGUUGCGCGCUCUUAUAUCCAUCGCCGUAAUAAUUAUUUUGUACAUUG